AUGCCACCAGUUUCCACGAUGCCCUUUGGCUUGGACUUCGCAUUCAAGCGGGGAGUAAGGUCUCCUCUUAUUCCGAUAACUUUGGAUGAGGAAGAAGAAAAAGAAACCUUGAAACCUCCUAAAUUCAAGGCUCUAGCUCAGGAAGAUAUCAAAAAGAUAAAAGCUGAGUCGGUCAAGGCGAACACAGAGGAGUUCAACAGAGUCUGGAAAAAGAUCUAGGAGCCAGCGUGGAAUGAAUGGAAGAGGAUGGAAGAGGAAGCAGGUACGGUAACUACAAUUUGUUUCACAGUACAUACCUCGCUAACUUUAAUUUUCAAAGGUCGUCCCAUCGAAGAAGACAGGUCCUUACAUAAUGAACCACCGCGUAUUAAACGCUACGAGUAUUUCAGAGCUUUCCUUGCUAACCACAUUCCCCGAUACCAACUGCCAGAUUUGGACUUGGCCAAAGCGAAGAAGAGAAAACCAAAACAUGAGAAGGGAGGUGGCGCAUUAGUGUCAAAGCUGCCCAACAUAGUUGGGCUGCGAUAUUGGUUGACCGACAUGGGAAGGAGUAUACAUCAGUGUGGCCAUGUGACCGCCGGUUACUUUCAAUCGGUCUACCUGGCUACACACCAAAACCAAUGGGAGAAGAUGACAUUGUGCUUUCUGCCGCAAAUAAUUUGCACACUGCGUGGCGCAUAGCUCCCUCGAAGAAGGAUGAAACAGAUGCGAAGGAUUACCCGUAUGAAGAACAUGCGUGGCAUGAAGAUUCCGACCAGUUCUUUUGGAAUGAUAAGUUGGCUAAAGUCGGAACUUUUCGGGCCGCGUUAGGAAGUUUCCAGUUUCUUUCUUUGAACAGAAUAGACGCCGAUUAG